UAGUGCGGUGACAUGCGAUAGUGUGAGUCAUUUCCACUCCUCUUCGGCGCUGCCACAACAGGACAUAUCGUUUCCUUCCGUUUCCAUUGUACGGGCAAGUGUUACGCAAGUGCUGCAACGGAAGUGUCGCAAACGCCAGCAGAAACGCCACAUCAUGAAGGUCGUUGCCUUUUUCGUCGCUUUUAGCGCCCUUGUGGCCGUCGGUACUCUAGCCUGUUCCACGUCUGACAACGUGCCUGAGCACGUUGAGUCAUGCGCAAAGGAUCUACCUGGUUUGGGAUACGACGUUGCGUUCGACGACAACACCGAUGUCACGGAUCCCGCCACGCGCCAGAAAUUGUGCUGCGGCGUCAGAUACGUGGAGAAUUGCGUGAAGCCAAAAUUUGCAGGGACCGACUGCUUCGACCCCGCAGUCGCGUUUGUCAGAUACAGCCUUCAACAGGGAUUCGGCCUCGACUUUGAGAGUGAUUGCGGCGGCGAGACUGUUCAGUGCGCCUUCUGAGAAGCCAGGCAGACAUGAACAACAAGAAGAACAAAAUCCCUCUCUUUCUUGACGCAUAAAUGCACAUGCAUUUGCUCUGCA